AUGGCCGGCUGCUGCUCCGUGCUCGGGACCUUCCUGUUCGAGUACGACACGCCGCGCAUCGUGCUCAUCCGCAGCCGUAAAGUGGGGCUCAUGAACCGCGUGGUGCAGCUGCUCAUCCUGGCUUACGUCAUCGGGUGGGUGUUUGUGUGGGAAAAGGGCUACCAGGAAACUGACUCUGUGGUCAGCUCGGUGACAACCAAGGCCAAAGGUGUGGCUGUGACCAACACUUCUGAACUUGGAUUCCGGAUCUGGGAUGUGGCGGACUAUGUGAUUCCAGCUCAGGAGGAAAACUCACUCUUCAUCAUGACCAACAUGAUCAUCACCGUGAACCAGACACAGAGCACUUGUCCAGAAAUUCCUGAUAAGACCACCAUUUGUAACUCAGACUCCAGCUGCACUGUUGGCUCCACAGACACCCACAGCAAUGGAAUUGGGACUGGAAAAUGUGUUCCGUUCAAUGAGUCUGUGAAGACCUGUGAGGUGGCAGCAUGGUGCCCAGUGGAGAAUGACGCUGGUGUGCCAACGCCAGCUUUUUUAAAGGCUGCGGAAAACUUCACCCUCUUGGUAAAGAACAACAUCUGGUACCCCAAGUUUAAUUUCAGCAAGAGGAAUAUCCUCCCCAAUAUCACCACCUCCUACCUCAAGUCGUGCAUUUAUGACGCUCAUACGGAUCCCUUCUGCCCCAUAUUCCGUCUUGGCAAAAUCGUGGAGGAUGCGGGGCACAGCUUCCAGGAUAUGGCAGUUGAGGGAGGCAUCAUGGGCAUCCAGGUCAAGUGGGACUGCAACCUAGACAGAGCUGCCUCCCUCUGCCUGCCCAGAUAUUCCUUCCGGCGCCUUGACACCCGGGACCUGGAACACAACGUGUCUCCUGGCUACAAUUUCAGGUUUGCCAAGUACUACAGGGACCUCACUGGCAACGAGCAGCGCACACUCAUCAAGGCAUAUGGCAUCCGCUUUGACAUCAUCGUGUUUGGGAAGGCUGGGAAGUUUGACAUCAUCCCUACCAUGAUCAACAUUGGCUCUGGCCUGGCACUACUGGGGGUGGCGACCGUGCUAUGUGACGUCAUAGUCCUCUACUGCAUGAAGAAAAGAUACUACUACCGAGACAAGAAAUAUAAGUAUGUGGAGGACUACGAGCAGGGUCUCGCAGGUGAGAUGAGCCAGUGAUGCUGGCCCUACACUUCAAGCCCACACGGCCCUCAUGGAAGCAGUGAGAAGGGAGAAAUGGCGGCUGCAUUGCUCUAGAGAAAGUUCCAGAGUUCAACUCUGUCUCCUCCACUCCACAAACACUCAGGGUUGCCCAGCGGGUCUUAUAUUGUUUUGGUUUUGUCGAUUUUGAGCCUGGGUCUUGCUCUGUAGCUCAGAUGGGCUUCAGACUCAAGACCUUCCUGCUCCGGUCCCCAGGAGUGCUGGGGUUGCAGAGGUACUCACGCCACAGCACCCAGUUUUUUUUUUAACCUUUUACAGAAUGUCACUAUACAUAGCUCAGACUGGCCUCAAACUCAAGACAUUCCUCUAUCCUUUACAGCCUCUUAACCUCGCCUUUUGGUGUGUGUGUGUGGGGGGGGUCAUUUGCUCACUAUACACAGUGAACUCCUGGUGUGGUGUUGAUGGGGUCACCUGUUUAUAUACUGUGAGCAUAAUGAGGUAAUGACAAUCUGAGAACAGAGUCCCUGCUGUGGCCAUCUUCUCCAGGGUUCCCAGGACUGGCUCUCCUUCUCCAGUCCUUCCGGGCCCAGCAGCUCUGUCCAAGCACUUUAUAAGGGAGUUCCCCAGGUGCUGUCAGCAGGCCUGGGGCACUGUCCCUCUUCCCUGUAUCUAGAGACUCUGUCCCCUGUAACAAAGGCAGAGUUAGCGUUCCCUUUCAGAAGGGCUAUGUUGGAAUGACUGAGGACCAAUCAUUAAAAGAAAUGACUUUUUAAAA